CACGCGCCUCGCGGCCCGCGCUUCCGCCGGAAAAGAGGCGCCGGCGCGGGGGCGGACCGGGGAGGAGCGAGUGUGAUGGACGGUCGUCCUCGCCAAUCGGUGGCAGGUUAGGGCCGGCCGCGCGGCCUACGGGGCCCAAUCGGUGGCGAGAGCGGCAGGCGGGGCGGGCCGAACGCGGGCUUCCGGCGGGGCCCGGCAGGCGCCGAGGAGGAAGAGCCCGGACGGCGCCUCUUGUACGAGUGUGGGCGCGAGGCAGGAUGACGACCUCAGGCGCGCUCUUCCCAAGCCUGGUGCCAGGCUCUCGGGGCGCCUCCAACAAGUACCUGGUGGAGUUUCGGGCGGGAAAGAUGUCCCUGAAGGGGACCACCGUGACCCCGGAUAAGCGGAAAGGGCUGGUGUACAUUCAGCAGACGGACGACUCGCUUAUUCACUUCUGCUGGAAGGACAGGACGUCCGGGAACGUGGAAGACGACUUGAUCAUCUUCCCUGACGACUGUGAGUUCAAGCGGGUGCCGCAGUGCCCCAGCGGGAGGGUCUACGUGCUGAAGUUCAAGGCAGGGUCCAAGCGGCUUUUCUUCUGGAUGCAGCUGCAGAGCGUCCGCUGGGUCCAGAGGCCGUUGCUCAUUCUGCCAUCUGUCAGUGACCAUGGAGCUUGUUGCCGUUUUUGUGCCGUUACAGGCAGUGUUGCAGAGAAUUGCCUGGAACCCAAGACAGACCAGGAUGAGGAGCACUGCCGGAAAGUCAACGAGUAUCUGAACAACCCCCCAAUGCCUGGGGCGCUGGGGGCGAGCGGGAGCAGCGGCCACGAGCUCUCUGCGCUAGGCGGUGAGGGCGGCCUGCAGAGCCUGCUGGGGAACAUGAGCCACAGUCAGCUCAUGCAGCUCAUCGGACCAGCCGGCCUUGGAGGACUGGGUGGGCUGGGGGCCCUGACUGGACCCGGCCUGGCCAGCUUACUGGGGAGCAGCGGGCCUCCAGGGAGCAGCUCCUCCUCCAGCGGUGCCCUCUCUCUCCGCAGCUCCCGGAGCCAGUCGGCAGCGGUCACCCCGUCCUCCACCACCUCUUCCACCCGUGCCACCCCAGCUCCUUCUGCUCCAGCAGCUGCCUCAGCAACUAGCCCAAGCCCUGCGCCCAGUUCCGGGAACGGAGCCAGCACGGCAGCCAGCCCGACCCAGCCCAUCCAGCUGAGCGACCUCCAGAGCAUCCUGGCCACGAUGAAUGUACCGGCUGGGCCAGCGGGUGGCCAGCAAGUGGACCUGGCCAGUGUGCUGACGCCAGAGAUCAUGGCUCCCAUCCUCGCCAAUGCGGACGUCCAGGAGCGCCUGCUUCCCUACUUGCCAUCUGGGGAGUCACUGCCGCAGACCGCGGAAGAGAUCCAGAACACCCUGACCUCGCCCCAGUUCCAGCAGGCCCUGGGCAUGUUCAGCGCAGCCUUGGCCUCGGGGCAGCUGGGCCCCCUCAUGUGCCAGUUCGGUCUGCCUGCGGAGGCCGUGGAGGCCGCCAACAAGGGCGAUGUGGAAGCGUUUGCCAAAGCCAUGCAGAACAGCGCCAAGCCCGAGCAGAAAGAAGGCGACACGAAGGACAAGAAGGACGAAGAGGAGGACAUGAGCCUGGACUGAGCCACGCGCCGUCCUCCGAGGGCCUGACUCGGCGCUUGCAGUGCGUUGCACAGCCUCACCUCCACCCACUGAUAAUAAAGUCUUUUCUUUUACCCGCCAA